AUGAUCUUUGUGACGGCAAGCAGCCUCUUAGGCUGCAGUGCCCGUGAGAUGCUUGCAAGCCUUUGCACUGAGGAGCCCCAGAGGCAACCUCUGGUGAAACUUUGCCAAGCGCAUCCAGCGCCGUGCAUGCCGCUGGAGCGCGUCCUUCUGUUGAUCUCCCUAGCGGUGCUGCCUUUGGCGUGCCAGAAGAGCCUUCACUCUUUGACCUUCGUCUCCAUGCUCAGCUUCGCUUGCCUGGCAUACUUCUUCGUCGUGCUCUUGGUGCGGCUGGCUGGCAAAGCGCUAAGCCCCGAAGCGGUGACUUUCAGUUUCGCGCUGGAUGAGGUCGCCGUGCCGCAAUUCUGGCAAGGGCCCCCGGUGCUGCUGAUGUCGCUGCUGUGCCAUACCACCAUACUGCAGUUGGAUGCUGAGCUCCAGCCUGCGGCCAAGCCCAAGGUGGGGGCGGUGGUGCGGACGGUGAUUUUGGGGGAGGUGCUGCCGGUGUACACGGCAGUGGGCGCCGGUGGCUUCUGGCUCCAUGGGAGCAAGGUCUCUGCCAACAUCCUGGAGGACUUUCCGGGCGAUCCGUGGAUGGCCGCGGCGCGCUUGACCCUUGGGCUGAUGAACGUGGCGAAACUCGCCUCUGCUGUCAUCACCCUGCGGGAGGCGCUGGUGGUCUCCCUGGGCACCUCCGCCAAGCGCCGCGCCCUGCGGAGCUUCUGGGGCCGCGUCGCCAGCAGCGUGGCGGCCCUGGGCCUCGGCGCCUGCGGCGCCUACGCAAUUCCUUCACUGGCCAAGGUCCUGUCGCUCUUAGGAUGCACCUUAGGUGUGCUUUUCAGCCUUUGCCUCCCUGCGGCGCUGUAUGCCGUGCUGUUGAGGCGUGUUUCUGCUGAGCAGCGACGGCAGUUAAAGAGGGACCUUGAGGAGCCCCUGCUGCCGUGGGUGCCGAUCGAGCCGGCGCCGGGGGCCGUGCGGCUGCCGAAGAGCGACGCGGAGUGGGCGCUGCAGUGGCGCCGGGCCAAGCAGCCGGGGCAUGGGGGCGCCAUGACAAUGGUGACUGCCACCGAGCGCAUCAAGAACCUGGACACUCAAUCCUCAGUUUGGGUGACCAAAGACCAGCGGGAAGCAGGUCUGAAGUACCUGGUGGAAAAGCAUGCCAGGCAAGGCGCCGCCAUCACGGCGCGGACCCUUUCGGGGCUCAUGGUCAACGCAGAGGAGUUGGCCGAGAGAGAGGAAGCAGAGAAGUCGCAGAAGCGGCAGAGAGAGGGCGAGCUCAGCGAGCUUGUGGCAGAGAUGGCGCGCGCCGAGGAAGCAACACCGUCAGCGCCCUCCAAGCCACUGUUUGCUCGCCAGGCAGCCAAGGAUACCAAGGCGGGCAAGAAGAUGCCUUUGGUGGUUGUCAAGAAGCAACGAGUUGAAGAGGGCACUGAUGCCGAUGCCAAGGGCCCCGUUCAGGCGCCUGAAAGGCUGGCGCCGGAGCCGGAGGCGUCGGAGGCACCUGCUGGCUUGCUGGGUGCGUAUGGCAGCGACAGCGAGGAUGAGGAAGACGAGGAUGAGUGA